AUCGACGCCUCUCAAGUCUCUUGUCAGUGCAGUGCCGAAGUCCUGGCAUGAAUGCGCACUCUACGGGCCCAGGGUAGCGCGGCAACGAUGGCGACGGAGAUGGAGUCGAGGAGGGGGAGGAGGACACUCGCCGACGGGGGCGGCCAACUUUUAGGCCGACCCGACCCGAAUUCAAGACAGAAGCAGGGUUCGAAGGCUCCAGAUGACUCAGCCUGCCUCACUGAAGAGAGCAGGCGCUACGCAUGACUGCACAUUGCCCUGAUCAGAUGUCGUAGACGACGUCAAACACUGGCUUCGAUACGUUUUCGCUGUUUGGUGCGUGCUACGGCACACGAUCGACGAGGUCUUCGAUAUGUAAGAUGACCACAUAUGCGAAACUAUUUGCUUAGGUUCUAUGUCCAGCACCUACAACCCAUGACGGGAAGGAUGCUAUACCGCCACCUGGGAUAUGGCACGGGGAAGCAGUGGAGCAUCUCCGAGUAUUUGGACUGUGGGAAGCGAGGUGACCCCAGGCAACUGUAGCAUGACAUUUGCAGUGCGUUUCGCAGCUUAGCGUGCGUCGCGUGUCGCUGGAUUUUCGGUAUGUGCUUUGAGCAUGUGGGCGGUACUCGCACAUAGUAUCUCUUAGUGGUGUGUCGUGGAGAGCGGCUUCCUCCCUGUCGUGGUACUCCACGAGAGCACCUCCACCCACACAGCCGAUGUGUUCUGGAUGGCCCACCGCACACUCCUCAACCACAAGCUGCAAAUUCCUCAAUACUGCGACGGUGGCCUGCUCAACCAUCUCGCUAUCACUGUAAACGAAAACGCCGUGCUCGCUCCCGACGUCCGUUUGUGUAGCCGCCGUUCCGUUUGUGUAGCCGCCUCCAUUGACGAACGGCCCCGCGAGUCGCUGUCGGAGAUGUUCAAAAGCUCUGCGCCUGCCGUGAGAUCGGGCACAAGGCUGACCAGCGCCUGCGAGACCGAAGUGGUAGAUUCAGUAUCGCUCUCCUGGCGCAUAUGCUCGAAAUUGCUCGUCGCAGACGUCUGGACGUCGGCGGGUUGCUGAAACCUCUUGCCUGGUCAACGAUUGGGUCACCGAUGCCGAAAACUCGACUCGCAAGGUCCGAUAACACGCUCUGGUGUACUUCUUCUACUUUCUUCACGCUGAUGUGGCGGAUGAUGUGGUAGUACUCCUCUCGAUUGAUGAUCUUGGACACCAACCUGGGAUGAAGCUGACCACGUCGCCGAAGUACCCGUGCAACUUGCGAGAUGCCUUCGGGACUGAUGGCAAAGGAAGCCCGCCAACUCACGGAGCAGCAGGCCGUGAAACAGAAAUGCGAAUUCGUCAGCAGAGGCCCUAGCGGCAGAACCGAGAGAAGGAAUAAGCAUGCGCCUGGAGCAGAAAACCUCGAGCCCAAAUGGCU